UCUAGUGCAGUCUAGUGCAGUCUAGUGCAGUCUAGUGCAGUCUAGUGCAGUCUAGUGCAGUCCAGUGACGUCGUGAGGGACGAAGGGGGUGGAAGGGAAGACGUGGUGGUGAGAUCAGGUGAAAUCUAUUCACUAUUGAGUUGAUGAAUCUGGACGCUUGAGUGGGUUUCGCAUUCGGGGAAAAAACAAUCGGGCCGACAUAAUCGUCGAUCACCAUCGAGAUGGCUGAUAACGAACAGAAGGCCUUACAACUGAUGGCGGAGGCCGAAAGGAAGCUGUCGUCGUCGAAGGGCUUCUUCGGCGCUCUGUUUGGGAGUUCGUCGAAAGUUGAGGAAGCAGUAGAAUGUUACCAACGGGCAGCGAACAUGUUCAAGAUGGCAAAGAAGUGGAGUUCAGCAGGCAAGGCGUUUUACGAUGCAGCAGAUUUACAUUCGAAGGCGGGUAGCCGUCAUGACGCGGCUAAUAAUUACGUAGACGCUGCCAAUUGCUUCAAAAAGUCCGAUACAAACGAGGCAAUCAGUUGCCUGUUGAAAGCUAUCGAGAUUUAUACCGACAUGGGUCGUUUUACGAUGGCAGCUAAACAUCAUCAAAGUAUAGCCGAAAUCUACGAAAGCGAAGCGGUUGAUUUGGAGCGCGCGGUACAUCAUUACGAGCAAGCUGCGGAUUAUUUCCGCGGUGAGGAAAGUAACUCCUCUGCAAACAAGUGUCUUUUAAAAGUCGCGCAGUACGCCGCGCAACUUGAGAAUUAUGAUAAAGCCAUUCAGAUCUACGAGCAGGUCGCUUCUGCAUCAUUAGAAAGUUCUUUACUAAAAUAUAGCGCCAAGGAAUACUUCUUUCGUGCUGCGUUAUGUCACUUGUGCGUGGAUUCGUUAAAUGCUCAACAUGCGAUUGAGCGUUAUCAGGAACAAUAUCCUGCUUUUCAAGACGCUAGAGAAUGUAAACUGGUAAAGACAUUGAUAGAGCAUUUGGAGGAUCAAAAUCUAGAAGGUUACACAGAAGCAGUGAAGGAAUACGAUUCAAUUUCAAGAUUGGAUCAGUGGUAUACAACAGUAUUGUUACGUAUAAAAAAGCAAAUUAAUGAUAAUCCGGAUCUGCGCUGAUCAGUUGUUUCUUACUUGUGUUAUUUUUUGGUAACGAUAUUAUUUUCAGACCAUGCGUAUUCGUUACUGAGCCACGCUCUACUUUCAGUGGAAACUAUAAAGUAGUUUCGUUUUUAUAUCCGGAUAUGUAAUCGCCCAUAUUAUAUUGCUCCCUCGUGCUUUCAAUAAUUUUUGUUAUUUAUCUCUUUGUAUCUUUUAAAUUAUUAAGAGUAUCCAUGAAAUUAUGGAGAAUCACGGUAUGCAAGAAUGUGAGAGACGAUUAUUUCGAACGUCGUAAUUCUCGUGAUUAUGUUUUUAUUAAUGAAAUAUAUAUACAGCUUUACCUUGUUAGGUACAUUGGCGAGUAUUAUAUAUCAAGAAUGUUGUGGUUUUUGUUAUAAAAUAAUAGCCUAGAAAAUCUUUACUUCUCUUGUGCAAUUUAUACAUCUUGUUUUCUUUAAAAAAAAAUCGAUAUUCUUACUAUGAAUUGCAACAUUAUUACAGACUUUGGGUUUAAAAGCCUAACAGAAUAACAGACUACAAAGAACAUACUGGAUUGAUAAAUUUCUUAUUUAUUCUUUCCUGCCCAUCAUAAUUUUAACAAAUGUUUUUGUCCAAUUAUAUUUUCCUCUCUAAUUUAAGAGCAGGAGGAGCAAGUCUUGUAGUACAUUAUUUGAAUGUAUGUAAUCUGUAUGUAUUGAAGAAUCUUUUUUUGUUUCUUUAAAAUUUAAUACGAUUUCACUUUUUUUGAUUUUUUUUUUUUCGAUAUUUUACAGCGAAGAAAUUACGAACAAAUAUGACCGUCAUCAUUUGUCACUCUUGCACUGCCAAAGUAUUUAGAUAACAAGAUAGUGUACGUCUAAUUGGUAUAAUUCAUCAUUUUCUCUUAGUUCUCUCCUGCCUCUGGCCUUUUCUGUCUUGCGUUUGUCUGAUU